UGUCCAUGCGCACUCAUACUUUUCGUUUUUGAAUUUUUGUCUGUUUUUCUUAAUGUUUUUACGUGUUUACAAUAUGCCUUGUUCUCAAGGGCAGUUUUUCUUUUUCUCAAAAACCUUUUUCCCUUCUUUGCUCAAUAUUUGUUUUUGGUUUCGUAUGUCCGUAGCUCUUCAAACUCAUCAUCCUCCUUGCUUCUGAUAAUCAUGGUAUGCGUAAUUCACAUUAGUUUCCGGAUGGACGUGAACACCAAAAUGUCAUUUUCUAAGGGCCACCAUCAUCCACUGCUGUAAUCCAAUCAUGAAAUUUUCCUGAGAUUUAAUUCAGAUCUUCUUUGGACAAUUGUGGAAUAAAUAACCUUAGGUGCUUAAUGAUUAAGCUUUCUAAUUUUGAUUCUUUCAUUAAGUUGAUGAAGGGGCCUAGCUUAUGGCAGCACUUCACAUGUAAGACAUAAUGGCUCUUGAGUGCUUUUAAAUUCCAGAUGUUUGUACAAAUUCGGAUAUUGCCAUAUCCUCACAAAACUCACAUACCAUCAACUUCCUUUCUUUGUUAACGCUAUUAAAUUUUUGGCUACUCUCGUUGUUCAUACAUGUCACGUGGAGCACAAAUGACAGUCCUUUUCUGCUUUGCGCAAAAUAUCCACCAUCAAAUAGCCGUCCUUGAGAGCCUUUUUCUUGUUUUCUUUUAUCGAAAAGGGAUGCAGAAAAGUUUAGGUGUAUUGGAACACAGCACAUUUGAGAAAGGGGGAGACAUGUAAUAGACCCAUAACUGAUAACCUGGGAAUAUUAGCUUUUAGAUUUUAUUUUGUUGUUGAAUCAUGGUUGGUUUGUGUCUGAAAGAAUUGGAUUCAAAUUCAUUAAAGAAAAACAUGAAGAAUUGUUCUUUAGGUUUGCUUAAAGACAAGGAUGAUAUUUCCAGCCCAAUAAGUGCUCAACUUUUUGAAUUUUUCAACUCCGAAUUAUUCCCGGAAACCCUACAAAGCUCUGGAGGCACUUCCUCUUCAAAUGGUUGUUGUGAAGACAACUCCUCUUAUCCCACAACUCUUCCCUUGCCUCCAGAAAUAAGCAAGUUCACUAGCAACCAUGAAACCGCAACUCUUCCUUUGCCUUCAGACAUAAACAAGUUCAAUAGCAACCAUGAAAAUAAUGCCACCACUGCCACAACCACCUCGACCACCACAACCGCUAGCAACAAUAGCAAUCUCUCUAUAAUCUUUGAUUCUCAAGAGGAAAUAGAUAACGAUAUUUCUGCUUCAAUAGGCUUUUCUCCAUCCCCUCCAUUUUCUGUUCCUCCAUUUUUCAAUCCCCAAUCUGAGCAGUUCGAUAUCUCUCCUAUACCACCUCAAAUACAGAUAACGGAUACUGUUGUUGAUGGGCUCUCACAGUAUCCUCCUGACCCUGCUCCCGCUCUUAUCGGCCCUCCAUUACCAUCAGUAUGUGAAGAGGAGUGCUUGUCUUCCAUCCCUCUUCCAUACAUGCGUCUCAACCCGUCAUCUCCUUCGUGCUCUUUCAUCGAGCCGGCCACCAUGGGAUCUUACCUGCUGGGGAAUUUUACCGCUGCAUUAUCUGCAGACAGUUGUGGUAUUUUCUCUGGGGGUGUUCUUAUGGCUCCUGAAUUGCAAGCACAAGAAUUGGAGUACCAAGGCGAUAACGGUGGAAUUUAUUGUCAAGACUCGAUGCAGCGGGUUUUCAACUCUUCAGAGCUACAGGCACUUAGUAAUGAGAACCAGCAGCUGGUGGGUGGAGGUGGGACUACUACUCCUUUAGCAUCAGAGAUGUCAAGUUUGGAAGAAUCCACUUUCAAGGUUGGAAAACUCUCUGUGGAGCAAAGGAAAGAGAAGAUCCAUAGAUACAUGAAGAAAAGGAACGAGAGGAAUUUCAGCAAGAAAAUCAAGUAUGCAUGUCGCAAGACACUGGCAGACAGCAGACCACGAGUUAGAGGAAGAUUUGCCAAAAAUGAUGACUUUGGAGAGGCCCCUAGAGCCAGUGGUGGACACCAUGAUGAGGAUGACGAGGAAGAUAUGGGUAUGAAAGAAGAAGAUGAACUGGUUGAUUCCUCAGAUAUCCUGGCACAUAUCAGUGGUGUGAACUCCUUCAAAUGCACUUUUCCCAUCCAAUCCUGGAUUUGAUCAUUGCCUUUUUGCAAGAUGAAGCAUUUCAACAAAUUUUGCAGGCUCUUAUUUCUGCCUGGAUUUCGUGACCUCGGUUUAAUAAAACUUAAAUAAUUGGGAUCAGUAUCCAUUGUAUAUAAAAACAAAUUUUGUAGAUACGAAAUAUAUGUACCUUAUGCUAUAGCUUGAACACAUAUAUAUCCAUGUAUUGCAUGUUACAUGCUGAAAGGCACGAGUUGUACGUACAAACUUAUUUGUCUAAGUUUAAACUUUGUGAACUCAGCUAUAUAAUACUAUUAUGUUCAUAUUCCUUAACAA